AUGGCCGUGGCACUCUUGCCGUACUCGCCCCAGCACUACAACUCCCUUCCCCCCGUUCUGGAGGCUGGCCGCAAUGCGGAACCCUCCGGGGCGAUAGCCGCUCUGUGGUCCAUCGCACUGUGGGAUGCCGUCGGCGUCGUGGGACCUCAAUGCCUGCGAGACCCGGCCAUCUCCGAGCCGGAUGCUGUCGUCGAUACCGACGGUAGAGAUAGCUCGCCCGAGAACAUCACCUGGGCCCGUCUACCAUCAUCCACUGUUCCCGUGGUACAUGCAGAUUUCUCCGCGACGACGACCGUGAUGGGCAAAGCGCUUUCGGCGCUGACGGCCACUUACACACCACCAUCGACUUCACCCAGCUGGCCCGCUCCGAGCAGCUUGGAGGAAAAGGGCUGUGCAACCCGGGUCCGCAUCCGCAGCGAUCCACACAAGCGUCUGUUCAUGUUCAAGUGCAUCAUCGACUUCCGCACGUUCCUUGCUCAGGGCCGCCGCGGCGCAAUACCGAAGAGGAGGUGGCCGACGGCAGCUGGCACCGAUGGAACGUGUUCCCCCCUCUGGAGGGCGGAAUACCCGCUUGCGCUCGAGUUGACAGAGGUGUUUAGCCUGGGCCGGGUCCAUGUGGAUGCUCCUGUCCUCCGACAGCCCGCCAUGGACUUCGACGAGAUCGAGCACCCCAACGAUCUCACCCCUGAUUGGGACGGUGCCGAGGAUAUUCCGGAGUCGUGGAGGCAGAUGGUGGAUCGUUGUAUGGCAGACGAUCCGAACGAACGGCUCGACGUGAUGGAGGUGCUGCGCGUCUGGGAGAAGGCGUGGGAGGAUCAACUGGACUUGCCACGGAUCCCACAUUCUGGCAGCAGCCUGAAUGCACUUUCGUCACAAUCCAACUCAUCCAACGCAGGUUGGUAAGAGUCCCGCGAAGUCGUUCGUGCUGAGUAUAAACAGAUCCAUUCAUAAGUUCCUCGUCCCACGCCCCGCUUUGCACAUGCACCAACCAAACCCACAUGUCUAGAUAGUAAUACAGACCUCAAGCGCGCGCUUGCUUCGGAAGACUUCGGAAAGACACAUCCCAAAGGGGCGCUCUUUCUUUGGUCUCUCUAUAAGAGACUCUCAUACUUAUCCAACCCUGUCUUCUGGUUUUGGCUCUGGCCCUGCCCCAGCUGCUGGCCCAUCCCCCCCAUGCCCAUCAUGCUAUUCAUACUCGUACCAUUACCCACGCUCGUGCUCGUGCUCAUGGGCUUCAUCGCCGCCAUUCCCAUUCCCAUCCCCAUCCCCAUCCCCGUGCCGGACGCGGGAUUUGACCCAAUCGCAGCCAGGCUGCUAAGGCUAUUCAUGCCAC